GAUAUGCAGAAACCUAUUCUUCCCACAAACAGUGUUAGGUUUCAUAGUGGUCAGUUCGCUAUUGUGCUCUGCCAUUGAUAAGGGAAAAUGAGGCUGCUCCCUAUUUUUGCGGCUUGGACAAUUGGCUAUUUCGGCCUCGUCUAUUGUUCUGGAAUUUGUAGUGAAGUUGUGGAGGUUAAGGGCGUCAAAACGAAACAGCGAAUCCGUAAAUUUUGUUGUCCGGGGUAUGAAAGAAUUAAAAACACAUGUCGUCCUACAUGUGAACCGUAUUGUAUUAAUUCAAAGUGCAUAGCCCCGAAUAAAUGCAAAUGCAACCGAGGGUACGAACCGGUCAAUAGUUUCAGGUGUAAUCCGACAUGUUACAACUGCACUUAUGGGUUCUGCUUAGCCCCGGGAAUGUGCGAGUGUUACCGAGGCUACGAAUGGAACACUACAAGGAGAGAGUGUGUUCCAAGCUGUGAUCCACCUUGCGUGAAUGGAUAUUGUUCUGAUCGAAAUUUCUGCGUUUGCUAUGACGGUUAUCAUAUUUCAAAGGAUAAUCUUUUCAUAUGUGUAAAAAAUGGUCCACACAGCACCACUACCACUUCCACCACAGCUGAAGCCUCAACCCCCGUAAUUUUGGACAGCACAAGUUGGGUUGGAAGAAUGAAAGUAAAAUCUUCCUCAUCGUAUGAAGCUAGCAGCUCAUCAGAAGAUACUCAGGACAUUUUGGAGACUUCAUCGGACAAAGUUGAAGAAAGUUCCGCUGAAACAUCAGCUGAAGAUAUCUUAGCUCUAAGAUUUCAAACAACAACACGAAUACCCGAGACUUCCGGCUUUGGUAGCAAAGAUAGUAAUGUUCUACAUUUGACUUCAUUUGGAAUCGAUUAUGUAUCAACUGGAAGGGAUGUGGCCACUGAAGCACCUAAGUUCGAAUUAACCACGGUAGAGGAUGAUACGCCACGGACUUCUGCAAAUACGGAAACGUCUCCUCUGCCUAUCCUAGUCUGGAAAAAGGAUCAAGAAGGUCCCAUCGCUGGAGAUGACUCAUAUUUCACAAAACUGCACGAUGAAAGAUUGGACACUACGCGAAAACCACCACCUAUACAUGCUCAUACUACUGAAUUCUACGAUAAAGAUGUUCUAAGAUCAUAUAUAGCUCCAGGAACAGGAUUCUACUUAUUAUACGUUCUUUUGUCAGUUUUUGUAGUAAUCGCGAUUCUAUUCUUGGUCUAUUUACUCUCUGAAAGGUAUCACGGAAAAGAGUAUAACAUUGCACGCCUAGAGAAACGGAAAGGUGUGGUGAAAUAUUCAGCUGAGCAAAGUGAUGUGAUCACAGCGUGGUGAAGACUGCAAAAUGAAUUUGUGAUUAUCCUCCUCCAAGUGCUGGAGUUUUCAUUGAAUUAUGUACCAUUGGAAAUAAAUAACAAUAAUUGUAGUAAA